ACUCAUUUUUCCUCGGGUUCUUAUUCUCUCUCGCCUUCUCCCACCUUCUCCUCCUCCGCUCACGAGCGACGAUAAAACCCUAACCCUAGCCCCCGCGAGCUCAACACCGGAGAUAACACUAGCCCUAGCGCUAACCCUGAUCGCUGAUCCGCUCCCUCGAUCGAGCUCCGUCACCUUUCUCGGAAGAAGAUGUGGUUUCGACCUCCGUACAAGGGCCCCGACGUGGAGUCCGGGGCGCGGCCGCUGUACCCGAUGAUGCUGGAGAGCCCGGAGCUGCGGUGGGCGUUCAUCAGGAAGAUCUACUCGAUCCUGACCAUCCAGAUGCUCCUCACCAUCGCCGUCGCCGCCAUCGUCGUCUAUGUCCACCCCAUCGCCUACUUCUUCGUCUCCUCCCCGGGGGGUCUCGGCCUCUACAUCUUUUUCAUCAUUCUCCCCUUCCUCGUACUUUGCCCGCUGUAUUACUACUACCAGCACCAUCCGGUGAAUCUGCUGCUACUCGGCCUUUUCACGGUCUCCAUCAGCUUCGCCGUCGGAUUGACUUGUGCCUUCACCAAGGGGAAGGUCAUCCUCGAAUCUGUUUUCCUAACAGCUAUCGUUGUCGUCGGUCUCACCCUCUACACCUUCUGGGCGGCAAGAAGAGGCCACGACUUUAACUUCCUCGGCCCGUUCUUGUUCGCUGCGCUGAUGAUAUUGAUCGUCUUCGCGCUUAUACAGCUGUUCUUUCCGCUCGGGAGGAUCUCUUACAUGAUCUACGGCGGGAUAGCUGCGCUCAUCUUCUGCGGGUACAUCGUCUACGACACGGACAACUUGAUAAAGCGCUACGCUUAUGACGAGUACGUGUGGGCUGCGGUCGCUCUGUAUCUCGACAUCAUCAACCUCUUCUUGUCACUUUUGACCCUUUUCAGGGCGUCUGACAUAUAAAAUGUGGUGCGAUGCUUCCAUUGUUGGCACUGCCUGCUUUUGAAGAACUGAAUAUGCAGGUUGUUAAUUGAAUACGUCGGUCUUGUAGUUUAACACUCCUGCCACUGAGAUAUGUUUUGAAAAAAUUAUGGCGUACGUAGAGAUGUACUUUGAGCUACCCCUCUGAUGAUGUUCUUCGCGUAUUUCUGCAUUUAUGUUUGGAGAAAUGUAUAGCGGACUGUUAGAAUGCAGAGUAGUAGCAUGCUUGUCAAUUAUUGGACUUUUUUAGAUUUUCGUAAUUUUCAAUUAAUGCUGUAAAGGCGGGAGCCAGAGAUUUGGUUUUCUACA